AUGAUAGAACCAAUAGAGUGGGAUCAACCACUGUCUGAUGACUUGCGAGUCAAAUUUGAUUCUUGGAGAGACAGUCUUAUCUCUCUAGAAAACGUCAACAUCUCAAGGGCUUAUAUUCAUCAAGUUUCAGGAAGGAAGAAUCCCAAGGAUCUUCUCGUAUUUUCGGAUGCUUCCGAAAAAGCUAUCGCCACAGUAGCAUACCUGAGAACUUUUGAUAAAAACAGUACGCAACAUUUGACAUUUGUGACCGGGAAGGCUAAAGUGGCACCAAAACAUGGCCAUACCAUUCCGAGAUUGGAAUUGUGCGCAGCUGUGAUGGGAGUUGAAAUUUAUGAAACUAUUCAAGAUGAACUUGACUUGGAUCUGAAUCAAGUGACAUUUUUCUCAGACAGUAAAGUCGUACUUGGAUACAUAAACAAUGAAACCAAGAGAUUUCAUGUAUAUGUCAGAAAUCGCAUCGACAAGAUCAGAAGAAUUAGCAAACCUGCACAAUGGAGAUAUGUUCCUACGGGUCUAAACCCAGCAGAUGAAGCCACACGCUCUAUACCUGCUAGAAACCUUCAAGAAAGUUUGUGGCUUAAUGGACCGCCUAGAAAACUCCUAAGUCAAGUAGAUUCAGAUACUUCUUUCCCACUAGUUUCACCAGAAGAGGAUAAAGAAGUCCGAGCCUUGAAAACGAGCACGAAGGUAACAUUAGGUUGUCAUUAUUUCGAGAAAUUCUCAAAUUGGAGAGAUCUGAAGAAAGCGAUUCGCAUUCUUAAAAAUUCAGCCAGAUUGAACGGUGUAGUGCACAAUGACAACCCUGUAUCAGAAGAAGAGUCGCAGAUCUUCAUCAUCAGAACCCUUCAAAAUGAGAUGUUUCAAAAGGAAAUAGAAGCAUUACAUUCAGGACUACCUUUGCCGAGACAGAGCACUAUACUUUCUCUCUCCCCAUAUCUAGAUGAUCUUGGAGUACUGCGUGUAGGUGGUAGACUUCGAAAUGCUAAGAUGAACCUCAUGCAAACGAAUCCCAUCAUCAUUCCCAAGCAUCAUGUAUCUGGUUUGAUAGUACGUUACUAUCAUGAAAAGGUUCACCACCAAGGUCGUCAAAUGACAGAGGGUGCUAUUCGAAAUGCUGGCUUUUGGCUGAUAGGCAGCAAAAGGCUUGUUACCUCUCAUAUACACCACUGUGUCAAGCGUCGUAAAUUACGAGGCCGUCAAGAAGAACAAAGAAUGGCGGACUUACCUGCUGAGAGAUUUGACAUUGCACCGCCAUUUACCAACAUCGGUGUGGAUGUUUUUGGGCCCUGGACAAUUUCCACGAGAAAGACGCGUGGUGGCCAAGCAAAUUCCAAACGAUGGGCAUUGAUGAUCACCUGCCUAGUUGUACGUGCGGUCCACAUAGAGAUUCUGGAGGAGAUGACAUCCUCGUGUUUCAUUAACGCAUUAAGACGCUUUUGUGCCAUCAGAGGCGAAGUCAAGAUGAUAAGGUCAGAUUGUGGAAUGAACUUUAUUGGGUCUGUAAAGGACUUGAACGCGAAUGUCAUUAGCAUAGAGGCACGACCUGUCAGAGAAUAUCUUAUUGAGAACAGAAUCAACUGGGUGUUCAAUCCUCCCCACUCCUCACACAUGGGUGGAGUGUGGGAGAGGAUGAUUGGUGUAGCACGUCGGAUUCUCAACCCUCUUCUUCUUGAUGUCAAGCAUUUAACACAUGAAGUACUAACCACACUGAUGGCAGAGGUUUCAUCUAUCAUGAAUGCGAGACCUUUAGUACCAGUGUCGUCUGAUCCAGGAAAUCCACUUCCUCUGACGCCCAACACUCUUCUAACCAUGAAAACGGAUCAAACUGUGCGGUGA